UGGAGGAAGAGGAGGGUUAACCUCCUCUCCCUCCCUCCUCCCCAUGCCUCCUAGGGGCCCUACAGGCCAGAGCAGAGGCACUCUGGGCAGCUAGCUGAUUGAAGCCCAUCUGGCCGAGCCUCCCCUGGGGACUGCCUUCUCAGAGAGUCCAGCAGCAGGGCCCAGCGUCACUUUCAGGCUCUUGAAGCACCAUCUUCCUCCUGUCUGCUCUCCUAAUCAGAUUUCUGUUCCUUUUCCGGGCUGUUGGGAGUCUGGUGAGGGGGAGUCUGUGCCCUGUGAGCCAUGUUCAAUGCUUGGGAUUGCCGGGAGCGGCCCCCAGAGGAAGGAGCAGCUACAGGGCUCCAGGGCUUCGGUGUGGACAAGAACUUCCUGUCUUCCCUCAAAGGCAUCCUGCUGGAAACUGAGCUGGCCCUGACCUUUGUCAUCUUCGUUUGCUUCACGGCCUCCAUCUCUGCCUACAUGGCGGCAGCACUGCUAGAGUUCUUCAUCACGCUCGCCUUCCUCUUCCUCUACGCCACCCAGUACUACCAGCGCUUCGAUAGACUUAACUGGCCUUGUCUGGACUUCCUCCGCUGCGUCAGCGCCAUCAUCAUCUUCCUGGUGGUCUCCUUUGCUGCUGUGACCUCGAGGGAGGGGGCUGCCAUUGCUGCUUUUGUUUUUGGCAUAAUCUUGGUUUCUGUCUUUGCCUAUGAUGCAUUCAAGAUCUACCGAACUGAGCUGAUGCCUAGGACAACCGAGGGGGACCAGCAGUGAUUCCAGGGUCACCUGGCUCGCACGACCAGACACAGGAACCACGGAGCCCAGAUUUGUCAUCUUUGGAUUCACUGAACCUCCCAAGUGCCCAUCAUCUACUCUAUGUCUAUAGAGACGUGUGCCUGAGAAGUCCCAGGGGAUCUGUGAAAAGUGGCAGAGUUGUGGGGGGCUGGGCAGGCUGCUGCGCCUCCAAGUCAUUCCCAAAUUAAAAUAUU